AUGGUUGUGCUGCGGGCAAAAGAAUUCGUUUACCAGAACCUCCCGUUGAGAGGAAUUGCGCGGUUUCUUCUGGUUAACCCAUCAAACGACCCUCUCAGUCCUCUCCAUUGCAGCCUGCACAACCUACCAAUAACCCAUCCCACUUACGAUUUUCUCAUUCCCCCAGUACAGACCAAGAAAAAGACGCGGCCAAUUGUCCUUAAUGGUAACGAGGCCAAGUUACAGUUCGAGAUCGAACACUAUCUGCGAUAUAUGCGCCAUGAGACCAAGGAGCAGAUGUUCUUCCUUCGACCCCUCUGCAUCAACCCUCAUCAACCUGACGAGGCCAAAAGUUACGACCUACAGCAGAACGACCUCGUUACCAGGGCUAAUCACGUGAGAGGUUUCAUGGGAAAGCCGCCGAAACGAUGGGAUCUAGAGCAAGUCGCCAAAACACUCCGGGAAAUGCACGCUUUGGCUGUUAACACCGCGGCCCGCCCACAAGACAAAGAUGCUUUUCGAAAACAAUAUGCGUCCAUCCUACGAUUAUUCUCUCUGCCAGAGCCCUCAAAAGAAGCAAAAUCUGUGUUUGAGCGCUGCUUGGAGCUGCUCUGCAACUCAAUCUGGAGAGACCGAUGGACAACGCUACAGACAAUCGGUAUGGUCAAAGGAAUUGAUCUUUAUAUUGGCAGGACAUCAAUCCCUAUCGACCCCUUCUAUAAGCUGGCCCAUUUCAUCCACGAUGCGAGAACCCUGCAGGCCUGGGACGUUCUAUCCCAGCUUUCCACAUCAAACAACCUCGCAGCCGCUAGCCGCAUUGCCAGGAACCGUAUGGGGACGCUUCGGCAGCUAAAACAAUGGAAAACAAAAUUGGCACCGAAUCAACCACUCCCGCGGGAUUUGGAACAGAAACUGCGAGAUCACUUUGCCCGAGAAGAAAAUACACCAGCUUGGAAGACCAAAGUCAUGGAGAGACAACGCACCCUGAGGGCGAAAAUCAAGCAGGCGAUGAAACAAAGGGAUUGA